GAAGACGAUAGAACAAAGAAGACAGAACACAGAGAGACACAGAGAGAGAGAGAGAAGAGAGAAGCUUCCCAGAAAAAUAAAAAGAACUAAACUUUCGAUUCCUUCUCGUUCCUAAAUCAAUCCCCUCAGAGCCAAGAUUCGAUUUUGGAGUCUGAAGAAGCUGCUGAAGGUCAAGAGAUGGAUGAGGUGGGUCCACAAGUAGCUGGUCCGGUCUCAAUUCACAAUCCCAUAGGGAGAAAACGAGAUCUUUAUUACCAGAUGUCGAAUCGUCAAGCUUACUGGCUCGCCCCGUCUCAGCCACAGGUGAGAAAUGAUUGGAACCCUAAGAUGUGGGAAUGGGACAGUCAGAGAUUCGAAGCUAAACCUGUAGAGGAGGCACAACAAGAGUCUCUUCAGUUUGAUCUCAAUGCGAGGAGUAACAGUGAAGAUGAUGUUAACAACAACAACAACAACGGUGGUUUGAGUUAUGAAGGGGAAGAAAGAAGAGGUCUUGAUUUGAAUUUAAGCAGUGGUUUUAACUCUGUGGAAGAGAGGGUUGUUGUGAGUAGACCUAACAAGAGGGUUAAGUCUGGAUCUCCGGGGAGAAACUACCCAAAGUGUCAGGUGGAUAAUUGUAAAGAGGAUUUAACUGUUGGUAAGGAUUAUCAUAGACGACAUAAGGUUUGUGAGGUUCAUAGUAAAGCUACUAAAGCUCUUGUUGGGAAUCAGAUGCAGAGGUUUUGUCAACAGUGUAGCAGGUUUCAUCUUCUUUCGGAGUUUGAUGAGGGGAAGAGAAGCUGUAGACGUAGGUUGGCUGGUCAUAACAAGAGGAGAAGGAAAACUCAGCCUGAGGAGGUUACUUCUGGGGCUGUAGCUCCGGGGGAUUCUGAUAAAAACGGAGCUAAUAUGGAUGUUAUGGCUUUGUUAACAGCUUUGGCUUGUGCACAAGGUAGGAACGGUUCUCAACCUAAUGGGUCUUCGGCAGUGCCGCAAAGAGAGCAGCUUCUUCAGAUACUUAACAAGAUCAAUGCGUUGCCUCUGCCUAUGGAUCUUGUCUCUAAGUUGAACAAUAUUGGAGUUUUAGCCAGGAAAAAUCUGGACCAACCUUCGGCUAUGAACUCACGAAAUGAUGUGAAUGGGGCGGCCUCUUCCCCUUCUACCAUGGACUUACUUGCUGUUCUCUCUUCAACUCUAGGUUCGUCUGCGCCUGAGGCCAUAGCGUUCUUAUCUAAAGGAGGAUUUGGUAGCAAUGAUAAGACUAAGCUAACUUCUUCUGACCAAGCCACUGCAACUAAUUUAGAAAAGAGAACUUUGGAGUUUCCUCCUUUUGUGGGAGGAGAGAGAACCAGCAGCAGUAACCCGUCUCCUUCUCAGGAUUCAGAUUCACGCGCCCAGGAGACUAGAUCUUCUAGCUUGUCUCUACAACUAUUCACCUCUUCACCAGAGGAUGAGAGGCAACCAACGGUUGCAUCUUCAGGAAAGUAUUAUUCCUCUGCGAGCAGCAACCCCGUUGAAGAUAGAUCACCAUCAUCAUCUCCGGUCAUGCAGGAGUUGUUCCCAAUGCAUACAUCUCCUGAAACCAUGAGAUCUAACAAUGGCAAAAACUCUAGUCCUAGUCCUAGAAAUAGUUGUUUGCCUCUAGAGCUUUUUGGUGCAUCAAACAGAGGAGCUGCUGUAAAUCCUAGUUAUGCUUCGUCUGGUUCGGAUUAUUCACCUCCCAGCUUAAACUCUGAUGCUCAGGACCGCACCGGGAAGAUAGUUUUCAAACUGUUAGGAAAAGAUCCUAGUCAGCUCCCUGGGACAUUGAGAACAGAGAUCUCUAGCUGGCUUUCUAGCAUUCCAUCAGAAAUGGAGAGUUAUAUCAGGCCUGGCUGUGUUAUUCUAUCUGUCUAUGUGGCAAUGUCAGCUUCUGCUUGGGAACAACUUGAGGGAAACUUGCUGCAGCGGGUUAGUUCUUUGGUUCAAGAUUCAGAGUUUUGGAGUAACACAAGAUUUUUAGUCAACACAGGCAGACAGCUUGCAUCAUACAAACAUGGUAAAAUUCGUCUGAGCAAAUCUUGGAGAACUUUGAGUUCACCAGAGUUGAUCUCAGUGUCGCCUGUUGCUGUUGUAGCCGGUGAAGAAACUACCUUGGUAGUAAAGGGUAGAAGCUUGACGAAAGAUGGAAUUAGUUUCCGUUGUGCGCAUAUGGGUAACUAUACCUCAAUGGAAGUAACUGGAACAGCGCAUAGAAGCACCAAAUUUGAUGAGUUAAAUGUAAAUAGGUUCAAAGUCAAGGGCCCAGGCUCUCUGGGGCGUUGUUUCCUUGAGGUGGAGAAUGGAUUCAGAAGCGACAGUUUCCCUGUGAUAAUUGCCAAUGCCACCAUUUGCAAAGAGUUGAAUCGCCUUGAAGAUGAGUUUCAUCCAAAAGACAUCACAGAAGAGCAAACAUACAACUCAAAUCGUCCAAGUUCAAGAGAGGAAGUACUUAGUUUCUUGAACGAGCUUGGAUGGCUAUUUCAGAAGAAAUGGGCAUCUGGAGAAUCUGACUUUUCCCUCCCUCGCUUCAAAUUCUUGCUCGUAUGUUCUGUUGAGAGAGAUUACUGUUCUCUCGUGAGAACACUCCUAGAUAUGAUGGUGCAGAGAAAUUUGGGAAACGAUGGUUUGAUGAACAAAGAGUUGUUAGAUAUAUUGGCUGAGAUCCAGCUGCUGAACCGAGCUGUCAAAAGGAAGAACACAAAAAUGGUGGAAACGUUGCUUCAUUACUCCGUUAACACUACUGCUAAGAAGUUCAUCUUCUUGCCUAGCAUCAAGGGACCUGGCGAUAUCACACCUCUGCAUCUGGCUGCUUCUACAUCAGGCUCAGAUGAUAUGAUUGAUGUCCUGACUAAUGAUCCACAAGAGAUUGGAUUGUCAUCCUGGAAUACCCUGAUCGAUGCAAGUGGACAGACUCCAUUUAGCUAUGCCACAAUGAGGAACAACCACAGUUACAACACCUUGGUGGCUCGCAAACUUGCAGAUAAAAGAAACGGUCAAAUAUCUUUAAACAUCGAGAACGGGAUCGAUCAGAUUGGUGUGAGUAAGAGACUAAGCUCAGAGCUCAAAAGAUCUUGCAACACAUGUGCAAGUGUAGCUCUCAAGUAUCAGAAGAAGGUAUCAGGCACACGUCGCUUGUUUCCAACUCGGAUCAUUCACUCCAUGGUUGCUGUUGCCACUGUCUGUGUCUGCGUUUGCGUGUUUAUGCAUGCUUUCCCUAUCGUCAGACAAGGCUCACACUUCAGUUGGGGAGGUCUUGAUUAUGGCUCAGUCUAAAAAAAGAGUACAAAAGUCUUUGUAUCAUUAAGUGUUGUUAACUCUUUUUGGGUUAACGCAAAUCAAGAAAAAACGUGGUGAAGAGAUCAAAAGAGAGGCAAAGUGAGAAAACUCCAAAGACCUGCGGCUUCUGGACAUUGCAAGAGAGUACAGAGAAGAGGUCAAGAGUAGAGAUAGCUUCAUCACCUAUGUUUGUUUUAUAUCUUGGCUAAUUAUGUUGUUGUUUAUCUCUUUUAGUUACACUUUUAGUCUUUUUUUUUUUCUCUUAACAACACAGAAGCUGUGGCUAUAUGCUUGCUGGUAAACUUGUAAUGUAACAUCCUUUUUUUCUAAUGCAAUGUAUAAAUAGUAUCACCUUCUUGGUAAAAGAUUUGUUACUUAAAU